GUAAAAAAGACCUCACCUUAGAAGGAAAGGAAGAAGACCUUGACCACCGGUGCUGCUCUUCUUCUUCUGCACCACUUGUUUGUUUUCAUUUCACUUCUUCAUAUUUUUUACUUUUUUAAGUAUAUGAUAUAUGUAUGUAUGUAUGUAUUGGGGAUUUGAUUUCUUCUGAAACAAACACUAUACCUUUUCCCUUCUCUCCAUUGCAUUACCUUUUUUUGCAUGGAGGAGGAAUAACUAGAUACAUAUAUAUAUAUAUAUAUAUGGCCAUCAAUAAUAUCAUCUCUUCUUCUUCUACACUACUACUACUUUUACUUCUUCUCUUCCUCCUCAAUCUCUCCUCCUCUUUCGCAACAACAACAGAAGAAGACACCAUAACCUCCACCCAGACCCUCACCGUCAACGACGCCCUAAUCUCCUCCGCCGGCACCUUCAAAUUGGGUUUCUUCAAUCCCCCACAAUCCCCCAACCUCUACCUCGCCAUCUGGUACAACAACCUAUCGGACAGAACCGUCGUCUGGGUCGCAAACAGAGACACCCCCCCCACCCUCACCACCAAUUCUUCUUCUUCAACCCCCCUCCUCCUGUUUUCCUCACCGCCCGCUAACAACCUCCUCCUUAUCAACGCCGCCUCCUCCUCCUCCUCCAAUGCCGCCGUCCUCUGGUCCACCAACACCACCACCACCACUACUGCUCAUCCAUCCAACACUCCAGUUGUUGCCCAACUCCUCGAUUCCGGUAACCUCGUCCUCCGACACGCCGACAACCAUGACCCGGCCGGCUAUCUUUGGCAGAGCUUCGAUUAUCCCUGCGAUACCCUCCUGCCCGGGAUGAAGAUCGGCCGGAAUUUACUCACCGGCAAGGACUGGCACUUAUCCUCCUGGAAAAACACCAACGACCCAUCCAAAGGCCCUUUCACAUAUUGGCUCGACAUUCGCGGGUAUCCCCAAUUUUGGGGCAGCAACGGUUCUGUUCCAUGGUUCAGGUCGGGACCCUGGAACGGGGAGCAAUUCGGCGGAAACCCAAGUUUGAACAAGAACAACAGCAUCUACAAGUUUGAUUUCGUUCAAUCAAAAGAAGAGAUUUAUUACUCGUUCGAGCUGCUAAACAGCUCGGUGGUGUCUAGAUUUAUCAUAAACGCAAACGGAUAUGUUCAGAGAUGGACAUGGGUGGAGAGGAGGGGAUGGGUGUUGUAUCUGAGCAGACCGGUGGAGACGUGCGAUACGUACGCGGUUUGCGGUCCCAACGGUAACUGCGACGUAAACAUAUCGCCAAUCUGCGAGUGCUUGGAGAAAUUCGAACCGCGAAACGCGAGGGAGUGGUCGAUGGGGGACGCGACCAAGGGGUGCAAGAGGAGGGUUGAGUUGAGUUGCGGUGGUGGUGACGACGACGGGUUUUACAAGUAUUCUGGAAUAAAGUUGCCGGACACACAGGGGUCUUGGUUUAACGAGAGUAUGAAUUUGAGGGAAUGCGAGGUUGAGUGCUUGAACAAGUGUAACUGUACGGCGUACGCCACUCUCAACAUAACCGGAGGCGGCUGUCUGCAUUGGUUUGGCGAUCUCAUUGAUACCAAGAAGUUUACUGACAACGGCCAGGAUAUCUAUAUCAGAGUCGCCUCCUCUGAAUUACUAUUAUUGGCUGGGCCUGGGACAACAAAACCAACUUCGUCCCGAACCCGAACAAGAACCAGACUUGUCGUGGGUCUAUCGGUGGGAUUGACGCUGCUAAUAAUAAUAAGCAUUGGUAUCAUCAUAUUAUUAUCUACACUUAGGAGACGCCACUAUCUCCGUCUCAAGCACAAAGGAAAUUUGAGACAUUUUUUAACCCAAUUUCACACCAAGGAAGACCAAAGGAAAGAUCUAGAAUAUUUUGAAUUGACCACUGUUGAAAAUGCAACCAAAGGUUUCUCCAUAAGCAAUAAGCUUGGAGAGGGCGGGUUUGGCAUUGUUUACAAGGGCAAGUUAGAAGACGGGCGAGAAAUAGCUGUAAAACGGCUAUCAAAGGAGUCAAAUCAAGGAUUCGACGAGUUCAAGAACGAGGUGCUAUGUAUUGCCAGGCUGCAACAUAGAAACCUGGUAAAGCUUCUAGGAUGCUGCAUGGAAGGAGAAGAAAAGAUGUUGAUUUACGAAUACAUGCCCAACAAAAGCUUGGAUUAUUUCAUUUUCGACAAAAGCCAUGGAGGCAUACUCAAUUGGCCGAAACGGUGGGAGAUAAUCAAUGGUGUGGCUCGAGGUCUUGUUUACCUGCAUCAAGAUUCCAGAUUAAGAAUAAUCCAUAGAGAUCUGAAAGCCAGCAACAUUUUGUUGGAUGAGAACAUGAAUCCUAAGAUAUCAGACUUUGGCAUGGCAAGGAGUUUUAGGGGAGAUGAGACAGAAGACAACACAAGGAGAGUUGUGGGAACUUAUGGGUACAUGCCUCCAGAGUAUGCCUUGGACGGGGUUUUCUCUAUCAAGUCGGAUGUGUAUAGUUUUGGGGUGUUGGUCCUAGAGAUUGUGUGUGGGAAGAGAAACAGAGGAUUCUUCCAUUUGGAUCACAGCCAUAACCUUGUCGGACAUGCAUGGAUGCUAUUGAAAGAAGACAAACCUCUGGAGCUGCUGGACGAGUGGGUGAAGAGUUCAUGCAAUAAUGUAUUUGAAGAAGCAUUGAGGUCAAUCCAGGUGGGCCUUUUAUGCGUCCAACAACAUCCCGCAGACAGGCCUACCAUGCCAUCCGUCGUCCUCAUGCUGGGGAGCACCGGGCCAUUGCCUUCCCCAAAACAGCCCGGUUUUUUCACACAAAGAAACUUACCCGAGGUUCCUCUUACUGCUCAUUGUUCCACUUCUAGCCAACAUGCAUUCACUUCCAACCAGUACACCAUUUCUGAGAUGUUGCCCCGAUGAUGAUGAUGAUGAUAAAAGAGCAUUAAUUGAGACUCAUGUUAGUUUAGUUGGUUGUCUGUUGUUAGGUAAAAUAUUGGACAUGGUUGUACUGCUCUUUAUCAUUUCAAUGCUACCCCCUACCCUUUUGUA